AUGGAGAACAAGUCGGGUGUUGUCGCGGAUCAAAGCGGAAAAAGUGGCAAGACGGUGGCGGAGAAGGAGAAAAUGUUGAAGAAGAAAACCCCAGAAGAGCUCGCCGCGCUGGCCAACAAGAAGGUGUUCUCAACAGAGUCAAUAGAUGAGCCAGUGCCCGUGGCCCGUCGUCCGAGUGAACUCUCAAUGGAUCCACUGAAAAAUCAACUGAAAGCAGUGCCGAUGGUGAUGGCAUUCAACUCGGCGGAAAAUCAUUUCAUUGGUGCCGGCGAGAAGAAGAAGGAGGAGGAGAAGAAGAAGUAG